AUGCGCAUCAAAAUCAAUGAUGAUGGCUGGGUUUUGAUUGAUCGUAAUGGGAAACAUUUUGGUACUAUUUUAAAUUUUUUGAGGGAUUGUUACGUGCCGUUGCCAGAAUGUCGUGUUGAAACGGCUGAAAUAUUAGCCGAAGCGAAAUAUUUUCUUAUUCAGAAACUGGUUCAACAGUGUCAGAAAUGGCUAGAAGUAAUGACUCAAGAGAACGUUGAACCUGAUGGUAUUUGUAAAGUCCCGCUUGUUAAUCUUAAAGCAGACUGUGAUCGUAUCCCUGUUAUAAAACUUCUUAUUAAUCGACAUAACAACAAGUAUUCGUACACUGUUCAUUCAGACGAUAACUUGAUGAAGAACCUGGAGCUUUUCGACCGGCUUGUUGUAAGGUUCAGUCGUCGCAUUCUUUUUGUUAAAGAUAUUGGCUCGGAAAAUACGGAAGUAUGUCAGUGGACGUUUUUUGGACAAAGCAAAAAGAAAGCUGAAAUUUGUUGCACAUCAAUUGUUUACACGACUGACAGAAAGCAGACAAAGAUCGAGUUUCCCGAAGCUCGAAUUUAUGAAGAAGCAAUGAAUGUUCUGCUCUUUGAAGAACGGCAUGUUUGUAUUCGAUGUGGAGGUGAAGGUGGAAAUUGUACAUCAUCACGAUCAGCUGGGUCGUUGCAAUUACAACUUCCUCAGUCUACUUCUCAUAGUGCUUCAGUUUCCCCUCAACGUACUUCACCUGCUUCAUUUGGCAGUGAAGUCACACCGGGAACAAGUGGACAGGAUGAACGGUGUCGUUUUUCGAAACUGAUGGAUGGACGUUCAAUUAGCUUAACUGCUGGUGGUGUGAAUGAAGACAUCAAUUAA